GUCGGAAAGACAGGGAAGAGUGGCGUAUAGUUUAAUUGUUUUGACUUCAAUUGUUCCAGUGGCUUUGUCAUAAGGUCAGAAUGUAGGUUGGGAAUAAUUAAAAGGUUUGCAGUCGGAUAAAUGACUGUAAAUGGCAUACAUAUUUAUGCUGGCGAUGGACUCCAAAACCAUGUACAUGUAAUAGAAAUUACUUUAAGCCAAUGGCGUACUAUCUAGCUGACGGAAGUGCGCGCUCUACAUGUGCGCACCUCGUGGCCGCCAUUUACAAAUGUUUGCCAUCGCAACAGAACAGCUUCUCAGGUUUAAACAUGUACAGUGUUCUUUCCAAAGUUGUUGGACUUCUGUUUAAAAUGGUUAUAGCUGAGGAGAAAACAGAUGAAAACUUAAGCAACAGCUGUGUUAAGGUAGAUCGUCAGAGCAACGAAAGUAAUUUUUCUGGAAACCUCGAUCAAGAUGAUGUAUUACUUACUGCUUUGGUUGACAAAGAGGAGAAAGAUUCAGACUGUCAAAUGACCAUAUUCACAGGAAAAAUCACACAGCUGUUUUGUGAACAUGGGCUUAUCGAUGGUGAAGUUUACUUUUCAGCAGAAUCUGUCGUUGGAAGUAACCCUCUUCAUGUUGGUGAUACAGUCAAUGUUGUUGCUAGACAACAAAAUAAAGAUGGGGGCUGGAUGGCAGAGUCAGUGUCCCUUGUGGUUUCUUCUUGGGAGGAUGAUGAUUUAACAUCUGAAGCUGUGACUGGUGAAGUAGGAAAGGUUACAGAGCUUAAGGAGGAAGAAGGUAUUAUCAACAAGAACAUUAUUUUCACUAUCGGUGAAUGUGUUGAGGGCUACUUGCCACAUGUUGGGGACUGGGUGUCUGUUGAACUAGACACAGCAGACUCUGAUACCAGUGGAGCUCAGGAAGAGAAGGAAGACUUUACCACUCACCUGAAAGAACCUUUAUUUAAUGCCUCAAAAGUGGCUCCUUUAAGGACAUGGUCAUUUAAAGGGUGCGUGUCUGCAUCUUUGCCAGACCAUGGCUACAUUGAUGAAGAGGUUUUUUUCAGGUUAGAUGCUUGCCUUAAUGGAUACAGGCCUCGUAAGUGGGACCGUGUGAAAGUAAUCGCUAUUGAGAGCCAGCAAGGAAAAUGCAGUUGGCGGGCAGUCACUAUUAGUCCUCUGUCAAGUGACUCUGGAGUCUAUAGGUCAAAAUACAUAAAACAGUCUCAAAGCAAAGGAAGAGGAUGGAUCAUUCCUGGUCAAAGACCCCAAAAUCUGUUAAGACCACACAAAAUGACUAUUCCCAACAAACUGCCACAAUACCCAGUGCCAGAAAAACUACGAGAAUGUGUCCUUGAUCAGUUGGAGUUGACUUCCUAUGCACCAUAUCUGGCUGAAAAACUCAGGAGAGAUAACUACAUUGAGAGAAUGAGCACCUUGCUACAUCUGGAGGAGAUUCAGAUGGAGAUUAAUAUUCUCGAGUUUGACCUCUACAGGGUAUGCCUGCAAGCUGCUGGAGAGUUCUUGACACUGCAUGUGCCUGGUCUUGCAGAGGGUCGGCCAUCUUUGUUAAUUGGGGAUUCUGUUAUUCUGUUGAGUCCUGUUGAUCCUGAUGAGCCACAGUAUGAAGGAAUCAUUCAUGAGAUUUACAGUGAUAAAGUUCUGCUGAAGUUUAAUUCAGAGUUCCACUCCUGUUAUAAUGGAGAAGAUUACAAUGUUACAUUCAGAUUCAACAGGGUGUCUCUAAGGCGUUGUCAUCAAGCAUGUCGCUUAGCUGCUACAAUGCUUGGUGAUCAAGUUUUGUUUCCUUCACAAGAAAAGUUAAACCCACCACAAGUUGAGCUUUUCUCCAGUCCACACACAGCAUCCACUCCUUUGAACUCAAAUCACCAUAUUCCACAUAUCAAUCCUGCCAUCCAGGACAAAAUACAGUUUUACAAUUCUCUUUUAAAUGAUCAACAAAAAACAGCUGUGAUUCAGGUUCUGCUUGGACAGUGUCGUCCUCUUCCAUAUAUUAUUUUUGGACCACCAGGAACAGGUAAAACAAUAACUGUGGUUGAGGCAAUUCUUCAGAUUUUUACGCAUAUGCCAAGGAGUCGCAUCAUUGCCUGCACACCUUCAAACAGCGCUGCAGAUCUUUUAGUUGAACGACUUCAUAUGAGUGGAAUUAUCAAGAACUCAGACAUGGUCCGACUCAAUGCUUUUCAAAGAUCCAAUACUGGGAUAUCGGACAUAGUGCUACCAUACUGCUGCACUGGAGAACAACUGGACAUCAUCUCUCACUAUCGCAUCAUUGUUGCCACAUGCAAUACUGCUGGCCUCCUGUGUACUGCUGGACUUAAAACUGGUCACUUCACACAUGUUUUUGUUGAUGAGGCAGGCCAGGCUACGGAGCCUGAAUGCCUCAUUCCUGCUGGAUUGGUUGCUGGUGGUGGUGGACAGAUUGUCCUAGCAGGAGACCCCAAACAGCUAGGACCAGUCCUUUUGUCACCAUUUGCCAAAGUAUAUGGACUAGAACUUUCAUUCUUAGAGCGCCUAAUGGAGCACUUGCCAUAUCAACACAAUGCAGAGCUGUAUGCUGACCAUGGAGGCUACAACCCAUUACUGGUGACAAUGCUGAUUGACAAUUAUCGAUGCCACCCAGCCAUUCUAGCAUUGCCCUCCAAGUUGUUCUACCAUGGUUACUUGCGAGAGUGUGCGUCAGCAGAACUCACAGAUACCCUCAAGGAUUGGUUCAUGUUGCCUAGACCUGGAGUACCAGUUAUCUUCCAUGGCAUAGAGACCAAAGAUAUGCGUGAUGAGGACAGUCCAUCAUGGUUUAACCCUGGAGAAGUUUUACAAGUGAUACAGUACUUGCAAGGUCUCCUAGGAAACAAGGCACCACUUCAUCCAGAUAAUAUUGGCAUCAUUACACCUUACAGAAAGCAAGUGGAGAAGAUUCGCUUAUAUAUGGACAUACUUGGCAUUACUCAAGUGAAAGUUGGAUCCGUGGAAGAAUUUCAAGGCCAGGAGAGACAAGCAAUAAUUGUGUCAACAGUGAGAUCGAAUGACCGACUAGUAAAUUCAGAUGUUCGGCAUGUCUUGGGGUUUGUGAGCAACCCAAAGCGCUUUAAUGUGGCCAUCACCCGAGCCCAGGCCUUGUUGAUUGUUGUUGGAAACCCAUAUGUUCUUUCACUGGAUAAGAACUGGCACUACUUCAUUCAAGCCUGUGUGGAAAAUGGAAGUUACACAGGAUGUGAAUUACCAGAAGUCUUCCUUGGAACCAACUUGGCUCAGGAACAAACAGAAAACACAUUGUGAACAGACGCAAAAGAUUCAAAACAAGUUGAGACACUACAUAUGGUUUUCUACAGCAGGUGGAGUUCUGCAAUGGGCAAAGUGUCCAUGAAAAACAAGGCACACAGUAUUUUAAUGACUGCAGCUAAAAAUAUAGUCAGGUUUGCUGCCACUUGCCAACAGUUUUUAUGUUACACUAGUCGGGUUAUAAGCAUCUAUGUGUGAGUGUGUUAAUAAGGAGAGAGAGGAAAUGAGUAAGAGUGUCUGAGGGCUCUAACAUUCAAACCCUGAAAAGGGACCUCAAGCAAGCGGUUUUAUCUGCCAGAAAGUCAUGCUACUUUAUCCUAAAGUUAAGGAGCAUGUUUUUAAAAGGAUAGCAGAUUUAAGUGCUGGAGCAUCAAAGUCAUGUCCACAAUUAUAUUCCGGAUUUAAUGUGUUUCUUAAGGUUUUAAUUUUUACUAUUUUGUUGUUAAAGUAACAUAUUUUAAAAUAAAUGGAUCUAAACUGUU